CCGGUUGGCAUAUUCUUCUUCCUUUUUGCACAGUAACGGAUCACUGCUCGCCCUCUUCUCUUAUUUCCAUUUCAAUUCCAAAUCACUCUACUGGUUUUUAGACAGAAAGCGGAAGAUCAUGAGCUUCCAAGAUUUUCAAAAUGGCAAGAGACCUUCCUCCAGUUCUUCCACUUCCAGAAGCCCAUCCCAAGCGGUGGCGGCCGGUAUUUUCCAAAUCAACACAGCCGUUGCCGGCUUCCGUCGUCUUGUCGAUGCCAUCGGAACCGACAAGGACACUCCUGAACACCGACAUAAACUGCAUAAUUCAAGGCAACGGAUUCUGCAGUUAGUUAAAGAGACUUCUGCUAAACUCAAGUCGUUGAGCGAACUCGACCACGAUCCUGACAUCAAUCCGAGCAAGAAAAUUGAAGAUGCGAAGCUAGCAAGAGAUUUUCAAAUCACAUUGCAAGAGUUCCAGAAAGUCCAACAGCUUGCCUCUGAGCGCGAGUCCACUUACUCUCCUUCUCUACCUCCUCAAUCUUCUUUGCCUCCUUCCUCUGGCUCUGGUGAAUAUGUGAUCGCUAGUAUGGAUCAAGAUAACCAACCUUUUUUAAGGGAACAGAGAAGGCAGGAGGUAAUACUUCUGGAUAAUGAAGUCGCAUUUAAUGAAGCCAUAAUUGAGGAAAGGGAACAGGGUAUUAGAGACAUAGAGGAACAAAUUGGAGAAGCAAAUGAAAUAUUCAAGGAUCUUGCUGUUCUAGUUCAUGACCAGGGUGUGGUUAUUGAUGAUAUUCACUCAAACAUUGAUUCUUCUGCUACUGCAACAACGCAAGCAAGAGUUCAGCUAUCCAAGGCUUCGAAAACCGUGAAAUCUAAAUGCUCAUGGUGCUGGUGGCUACUGGGAAUUGCUGUCGUUGUACUCGUUGUCCUUCUCCUCAUCCUCAUUUUAUAGUGUGCGAGUACAUGAGUGCAUUUGUGGUGUGCCUUCACAGUACGAAGUUUUGUGUGGACUGAUAUCUAGUUCUUUUUGUAACUUUGAUAUAACUCCAUUUCCUCCCCGCAUGUUAUUGGCGUGUAUAGAGUGUAAUGGUCGUUCAUUUCUUUCUCGUCCAUUUGGUUUGGCUUUGCGGCAGUCACAACUCCUGUAUAUUGAUUACUGAACAUAGAGGAUAAACCAGCUUUUAUUGUUGCCA